AUGGCUUCGCCAACUUCAGGUGUUGCCGCGGAGGCGAGCCGUCUGCAGGAGUUGAAUGCAGAUGUGCGCAACCAGGAUGAUCUCGAACGAGAUAUCACUCGUCAGGCCGAUAAGUUCCUCGCUGAAAAGGCCGAGGAAAACGAUACGAAGAGACUGGAGAAAGCUCUAGUGGACAAGGAGUUAGUAAAUCUGUUUUCUGCCGUGUUCCUUAGCCAGCCUGCUUACUUCCGUCUCAGAAAGGUCGAUUCGCAGAUUCGACAAGCGAAAAACCGCCUGGCCCAGCAUGUCGGCACCGCCACCCGACAUCGGGUCGAAAAUGAACUCCGUAACCUCGACGCCCGCCGACUGGGACUGGUCAAGGAUAUCAAGGAAAUCCAGAAACGGAUUGACGACCGACGCCAGGCCCAGGAAAAUGCGGAGGGGAGCCAUGGCCCCGGCCGGCUGCCGAACGAGUCCCGACGCGACUAUCUCCUGCGAACGGGAAAGAUCACACCUUUUGAGCUCAUGACUCAGGCCGGUCCAGAUGGUCCCCUUGCCACUCUGCAAGAUGCCCUCAUCGACGCUGAGGAUCAGCAGAAAGAAGAUGAGGAGCGCCAGCAGGCGCAGUCUGAUCCCACUGCGUCUCACCGAAACCUUCUCCGCCCCGAGCUCGACUUCGAUGAAACUAGUGACAGCACUGGAAGAAGCAGCAAGCGCAGGAAGCUGGACACCACUCCUGUCGCCAGAAAGAGCCCCAAGGUCCCGCGGACCCGCACCCCCAGCUCGCCUGAUGUCGACUCCGAGGCCAGCUACGUCGCCUCCGAGGGCAGCGUAGCAUCCGAGGAUGAAGACUUCAUGCCGGACACCGUGCCCGAGUCUGCGACUCGCCCGCGCAAGCGGGGGAAGGCCGAGUCAGAACUCGAGGAUCUCAGCGGUGUGGAUGAUGGCAAUGAAAAGAUUUAUCAGGACCGGCUUCAGAAGUGGAUCCGUCGACGCAGUGCUGCUCGCAAGCGUGCCCAGGAUAGCUCUAUCAAGGAGGAGGAGGGCGAGGAGGAGGAUGCCGAUGAAUGGUUGAAGCCACAUCCCUCGGAGCCGGACAUGGAUCUGCAGAACGGCCUCCGCAUCCCGGGCGAUAUCGCCAAAUAUCUGUUCUCCUACCAACGAACCGGUGUCCAGUGGCUCUGGGAGCUGCACCAGCAGUCGGUCGGUGGCAUCAUCGGAGAUGAGAUGGGACUUGGGAAGACGAUCCAGGCGAUUGCCUAUCUUGCAUCUUUGCAUCACAGCAACAUGUAUACUAAGCCUGCCAUCGUCGUGUGCCCUGCGACCCUCAUGAAACAGUGGGUCAACGAAUUCCACCGCUGGUGGCCCCCGUUCCGAGUCUCCAUUCUGCACUCCUCCGGUAGUGGUAUGAUGAACGUGGGAAAGGAGAGCAGCCGCGAGAAUGCCCUCACAUCCGAGAUGGUGGGGAGCUCCCACUCACGACACCUGUCCGCUGGCCAAAAGGCGGCCAAAAAAAUCAUCAGGCGCGUCAAGGAGGAAGGGCAUGUUUUGGUGACGACAUAUUCGGGUCUGCAGUCUUAUGCGGAUGCUCUUGUCGAUGUCGAGUGGGGCUGUGCGGUUCUGGAUGAAGGCCACAAGAUUCGCAAUCCCGAUGCCGGAAUCACCUUCAGUUGCAAGGAGCUUCGAACUGCCCACCGCAUCAUUUUGUCUGGAACUCCCAUGCAGAACAGUCUGAUUGAUCUAUGGUCGCUCUUUGAUUUUGUUUUCCCGAUGCGGCUGGGCACUCUCGUCACAUUCAAGAACCAGUUUGAAAUACCCAUUCGCCAGGGCGGAUACGCAUCGGCGACCAACCUGCAGGUCCAAACUGCCGCUCAAUGCGCCGCGACCUUGAAGGAUGCUAUUAGUCCAUACCUUCUUCAGCGGUACAAGGCCGAUGUCACCGCCGACCUCCCUCAGAAAACCGAGCAAGUCAUCUUCUGCAAGCUUACUCAGGAACAGCGAACUAUCUACAAGCGGUUCCUCGAGUCCAAUGAUAUGAUGUCCAUCAUGAGGGGAAGGAGGAAUUCCCUGUUUGGCAUUGACAUUCUUCGGAAGAUUUGUAACCACCCGGACCUGGUGGAUCGCGAAUUGCGAUCACAGGAACCCGAUUACGGCGAGAGUGAACGCUCGGGCAAGAUGCAAGUCUUGAAGGGCCUGUUAGAGGUCUGGAGGGAUACAGGGCACAAGACUCUUCUGUUUGCCCAAACUCGCCAGAUGCUUGACAUCAUCCAGAAAUUCAUUGGAACAUUGGGCGGAUUCCAGUUUCGGCGCAUGGACGGCAAUACUCCAAUCAAGGACCGCCAGACCAUGGUGGACGAGUUCAACAAGGAGCCUGAUAUCCAUGUUUUCCUGCUGACCACUCGCGUUGGUGGUAUUGGCGUGAACUUGACUGGCGCGGACCGCGUCAUCAUCUACGAUCCCGACUGGAAUCCCUCGACCGACAUGCAAGCCCGCGAGCGAGCAUGGCGACUCGGCCAAAAGCGCGACGUGACCAUCUUCCGCCUGAUGAUGAAGGGCACUAUUGAAGAGAAGAUUUACCACCGCCAGAUCUUCAAGCAGUUCUUGACCAACAAGAUCACCCGUGAUCCUCAGCAGCGAGAGGGCUUCCAAGCCAGCGAUCUCUACGAUUUGUUCUCGCUGACGGACGAGAACGACAAGGAACUGGAGACCACAAAGCUUUUCAAGAACGCCGACGUCACCUAUCAGGAAGAAGACAAGGCCACACCACCACCUUCCAAGAAGGGUGGCCAGGGACGCAAGUCCCAGUCGCAGACCCCGAAGCCCGACGGUGAAGAUAUCCGCACCGUGCAGGGCGUCGCCAACGUCGAAGAGUUCACUCCCGCCGAUGACGACCGAGAUGAGAACGGCAACGUUAAAACCGCCGAAGACCGCAUCAUGCACGGCAUCUUCGCCCGCUCCGGCGUCCACGCCGCCCUGGAGCACGACCACAUCAUCAACGGCAAGCGCACCGUCCGCGCCGACCCCAAACUAGUCGAAGCCGCAGCGCGCCGCGUCGCCGCUGAAGCCGCCGCCGAGUUGCGCAAGGCCGAAGAAGCCGCCCGCAGCGUCCCCAUCGGCCUGCCGACCUGGACUGGCCAGUUCGGCGUCGCAGGCCGCACCGACCUCGGCGGGGCGAGCUCCUCGCGCCCCGCAGCCCGUGGCCCGUCCUCCUCCCAUCUGCUUUCUAAUCUGAACCCUAGCGCGUCCCGAUCGCCCUCGCACGAUUCCGCUGCGUCGGGCCCGGGUCGCAUGCCGCGGGGCAAAGACUUUAUGCCGCUGAUUCGGGACUUCUUGCGCUCGCGCCGCGGGCCGGUGUUCACACAGGUGAUCGUUGACCAGUUCAACCAUUACUGCACGAAUCCGCAGCGCGUGGCAGAGUUCCAAGCGAUGCUGAAGACGGUGGCUCGCUUGGAGCGGGACCGGGGUGGACGCGGCCGGUGGACUUUGAAGCCAGAGUUUGCGGGGGACAGUGGGGAUACGACGCCAGGUGCCGGGUAG